AACAAGAGGUCCGUGAACGCAACAGAGCGGUGGGCGGAGCUUAGAGAGGUCACAACAAACAUGGCGUGGAGAGGAAGUGUAUGGAAAUGGACCCAAACAGAACUAAUAUCGUCCAGAAAUGUCACUUUUCGACGCUGUAGACUGGACCAAAGCAACCAACAGAGAUGUGGCUUCCGUCGCGAGGCCAAAAGACCAGAAUCAAAACAGAGCAAUGUUUCUCAGGAAACUCAAAUUCCGUCACCAGCUGAAGCUGCACACAAACCACCACCCAAAAUCGUUCGACCUAGUCUUAUCAAGCCCAUCAUGUUCACAGUGGGGUUUACAGGCUGCUCCUUUGGUACGGCGGCGAUUCUUCAGUAUGAGACUCUUCGGUCACGGGUUCAGAGGAAAAAGGAGGAGGAGGAGUCUGAAAAAAUGCUUCAAGGGUCUCAGGACAUGGUCUACUGGCACAACUGGUGGAAUGAGCUGACCAGCGUUCAGAGGCAGCUUCUUGUUCUGAUGUCAGCGGUGGAUGACUUUUGGAAAUCUCUCAGCGAAGGACAGAAAACUGUCACCGGUAUCAUUGCUGCUAAUGUUGUGGUUCUGUGUUGCUGGAGAGUGCCCUCACUGCAAAGGAAGAUGAUAAAGUACUUCACGGCCAACCCAGCGUCCAAGAGCCAGUGUCUUCCCAUGUUCCUGUCCACCUUCAGCCACUAUUCCGCCUUCCACCUGAUGGCCAACAUGUAUGUCCUGUGGACGUUUUCUUCCACCAUUGUUUCACUCUUUGGGAGGGAGCAGUUUCUUGCGAUGUACAUGUCUGCAGGCGUGAUCUCCUCCAUGGUUAGCUACAUGUGCAAAACAGCCUCUCUGCGCUUCUACCCCUCGCUGGGCGCGUCGGGAGCCAUCAUGUCCGUCCUGGCUGCAGUCUGCACCAAAGUUCCAGACGCCACGCUGGGAAUCAUCUUCCUCCCGAUGGUGACUUUCACGGCAGCGAACGCUCUAAAAGCCAUCGUUGCCAUGGAUACGGCAGGGCUGAUACUGGGUUGGCGGUUCUUCGACCACGCGGCUCAUCUUGGUGGAGCGCUGUUUGGAAUAUGGUAUGUUGCCUAUGGCCACAAUCUGAUCUGGAGAAGGAGAGAGCCACUGAUUAAGUUCUGGCAUGACAUUCGCUCUCCUGGUUCCGGUCGAUCCGGUCCUGCAGGGGGACCGGUGAACGGUCCGGGCCCACGAUAGGAGGCCAUAAUAAGAUGCCAAAACACCCAUGGUUCUUUUCUACUCACAGACCUCCAGUAACCUCAGCGUACGCAAGGACACUCAUGGAUGCAGCAUUUCUAACCUCAUGUGAGACAAAUACAGACGCUGCAAACAUCCACUGUCUCUGUCACAUUUGUAUUAUUGACUUUGAACAUUGUCUUAUGCAAGAAGGAUGUAAAACUUUGAUUUUGUUAAAGGUCAUGGUGUAAAUUCUCAUAUUGACGACAAUGAAAUUCAAAAGUGGUAAUAAAACUAGGUUUGUAAAAUUG